UAAUUCACAGCCUCUGUGCGGAUAAUUUCACCCGCCGCGAGCGCAAAUGCGGCGGCCGUUCCCCACCAGAAAAUCCUCGCUCGCCCGGCGCCGCCGCCGCCGCACACAAUGCUCGGCUUCACCGCCGCAGGAACCUGCCUUUCCUCUCCGGCACCGCCGAGACCCACGGCCGGGACGGCGCCUCACCUCGUCCGCAUCCCUCCCCUCACCUCCCACGGCCGCCGCCGCCCGUGCCGCGCCAGGCUCCUCCGGCCGCUCAGGGCGGUCCCCACCACGCCGCCGCCCGCGCCGUCCUCGCGCCCGGCGAGGGACCGCGUGAUCGAGUUCGGAAAGUACAAGGGCCAGAUGCUGGGCACGCUGCCGCCGCCGUACCUGCGCUGGGUCGCGGCGGAGCUCGACUAUGGGGACACCGCGCCCUGGGCGGGCCUCGCACGCGACGUCCUCGACGACCCCGUCUACGUCGACCGCGUCGAGUGGGAGCACGCGCACCGCUUCCUCCGCGGCGACGCCGACUACGACUUCGACUACGACGACGGCGACGGGCCGCUCCAGGAGAUGGCCGAGCGCUUCGGGUGGGACCUCUCCGACGAGGAGGGAUGGAGCCGCCUCGACCUCCGCCUUAUCGGCACCUCCUACGGCGGUCGCAUCCCAAGAAAGGGAGCCCGGAAGCAAAGCACCAGCACCAGCAGAAGCAGAAGCAGAAGCAGAAGCAGAGGCAACGACAACAACUGCGGCGCCAAAGGCUCCCUGUUCGACGUCGGCGCUGACCCGGACGGCGCCAGGGGAAAGCGGGAUGAGCGGAGGGAACGGAUGCGGAUGAGGAGGGAGGACCAGGUGAGGACGGCCAAGAUGGAGAUGCUCGGUGUGAAUGCCGGCGUGCAGGACACCGGCGUUCCGGUCUCCUCGCCGAGGAAGGCUCAGAUUAGGACGGCCAAGAAUGAAAUUUUGGGGCUGGGUCGGGGCACACGCGCCGGUGGGGUGCUCGACGAGAAGAGGGCGGCAGGGAAAGACGGCCAGGGCGCCAACCCCUUCCCCGGCCGGCAAGCAUUCCUCGACAAGGUCAGGAAGCUCAAAGGCGAUGAUAGCUAGCGAGGAAAAUCCUGGGGAGCAGGAUGAGUUGUGCACUUGUACAUGUAAAUUUUGUUAAACUUUGCUUUCCUGAGUUUGUGGUGAUGACUUGAUACUGAUCUUUCUGCGGCUAAACUGGAGUCAUUGAUACAAAUUUCGGUU